AGCGAAUAUCCGUGAGAGACUGGGAGUAUCGAUUCGUUUGAGAAACGCAGAAGGAACAUACAACAUAAAGAGAGAAAGAGAAAGGCAUCGCAUAUAUACCCGCUCCGCAUUUCGCGUGCGGUAGCGCGGCCGCUCUACGCGGCAUCGCGCGGCAUCGUGUCGCGUCGCGUCACGUUGCGUUGCGUUGCGACGCGCGACGCCUCGGCGACACGCAAUUUCACAUUCGCGCCCAUCGGCACUGUCGGCAGUAGGCGAGACGGAAGAGAAGGAGGAGAUUGGAGUAGGAGUAUAGACAACGGCGACGGCGACGGUGGCGGCGGCCGCUCACCACACGCGCGUACCGAGGCCUAACGAACUCGUGUGCUCGUGUGUUGUAACAACGAGCGUCGACGCCGCGUCACGCGGCGGUGUGGCCGCGCGAUAACGCACACGAGAGAGGGACGCAUAGUGGCGGCCGGCGACGUCGUAACACGCAGCAACGUCACGUCCCCGAUGGUGAAGCUGCGCAAAGUACUGCCCGACGACGGCGGCGGCAGUUCCUCGCGGCAGCGACUGUUCCUCGCCGCGGCGGCAGAUUGCCUUGCUACUUCCGGCUAUGCGUCGCGCAAGGGAUAUCGAAGGAAGCUUACACGUGCAAAAGUACUGAGAAUGCUGACGCCGAGAAGAGCGGAGGUAGGCCCCGAGGAAAUCGGGGACGGGCCUGGUGACAAGGGUACGAGCAGUGCGACGAGCGGCUCGGUCACACCAGGCGGUUCCUACGAGAACGGCGACAACUCGAAGGAGUUUCUGUCGACCGGAAGAACCGGGAGAAGGAAUGCGUUACCGAAUAUCCUUGGUCGACACGCCGAGACUGGCCUUUCUGAUUUAUCGGAUCGUUUCGAGGAACUGUCCACUCACACAGAUCAUUCUACCAAAAGCGGGCAGGAUCCGAAUAUACCAAGCACCUCGAAACAACACGGCUGACAUGCCCGUGAGGCUUCGUAGCGGAUCUUGCUGUCGCGACACACUGAGCCUUCCCAUCACCGAUGAUGAUGACAAUGAGGAUACAAUGGAAGCAUGUAUCGUUUCUGUGAACAAAAUCCUCGAACACUCUUUAAUUCACUUAUUAACUGUUAUUAACGCGAUGGAAUAUAUCGAUAGUACGACUGACACGCAUAAACGACGAAUCGAUGUUUUGUCAUGUCUGCUAGGGAAUGGUAGAAAAUAAAAAUACGGGAAACAGACAGAAUUUGGACUCAAAGCGAACUGAAGGAAAAUUGAAGGUUUUUUUCAAUUCAAGAAAUCAUAAAAUUAUAAAUUGUAAGAUUUGCUCUCAACUUUGUAGGUAUAUCUUACAAAUUAUGGAUCUAAUUUGUUUGUAUGUACAAUGAAUUUUUCGAAUAGCUCUCAAAGGAAACCAAUGAUUUUUUGCCGUUAAAAUAAAAUCGCGACUUGAGUACAGAAAUAUCAGCAGGAUUAGUUUUGCUAGAAAAAAGUCCAGUAGCGUGAAAUGUUGGAAUCAUGCACAUUUCAGAUUGAAAAUGAGAUAUGCUUUAACUAAUUAUCAGUGAAAAACGAAAGCAGAUAAAUAAA